UGUAAUACAGUAAUGCGUUUUGAGUACAAGUAGCAGAGCACAGGGUUGUGUCAAUUUCGCAUAUUAAAUACACCCAUUUAUUGCUCUGCUACAAAGAUAUGCGGGGACCAGUGCGUUGGGUAUUAUGGGAUGUGAAGGACACGCUGUUAAAGGUCCGUCGCUCUGUUGGGGAGCAGUACUCUGCCGAGGCGGAAAGAGUCGGGCUGAAACUGCCAGCGGCAGAUGUAGAAACCGCAUUCAGACAGGCUUACAGACAGCGAUCGCAACUCUUUCCUAACUACGGCAGAGCUCAGGGAAUGGGCAGCCAGAGGUGGUGGACUGGACUAGUGAAGGACACUUUUGUCCAGUGUGGGGUCAAUGACUCUGCUGUGUUGGAUAGACUGGCCAGCAACCUCUAUCACAAUUUCUGCGGAGCAGAAAACUGGGAGGUAUUUUCUGAUUCCAAUGGCACCCUGAAGAUCUGCGGCACCCUGGGAUUAAAACAAGGAGUUGUCUCUAACUUUGACAAGCGUUUGGAAAACAUCCUGAAGGAAUGUGGUCUCCUCACUCACUUCUCAUUUCUUCUGACAUCAGAGGAAGCUGGGGUGGCUAAACCUGACCCUGACAUUUUCAGCCAGGCCCUGGUGCGGUGUGGCGUGCCAGCCUCCAGUGUAGCUCAUGUGGGGGACCAUUAUGUGAAUGACUACCUGACCUCACGCUCACUGGGUAUUCAAGGUUUUCUGCUCGACAGACAAAAUAGUCUUGGACACCUUGAUAUUCCCCCUCAUCAUAGAUUACACAGCCUAGAAGAAUUACCAGCUCGACUACAACAAGAAAUCAACUGAGAAUUCUCAAAUUUUAAAAUCAUAAGACUAAUGAAUGUGUCGUAUCAUUGUGGGCCAUUAAUCAAACAUUAUUUGGACCCGAAUUUGCUUGUUUUGCUAUUAUAAUAAUAGUAGAUUAAGAUAUAGGCUAUUCCAUGCAAAUGUCAACCAUAAAAUGAACAAAUCUUUAUACCAACGGUUUUCACCAUACUGAUAGGUUAGAUGUGAAGUCUCUCUUACUUUUUAAACCAUUAUUGUGUUUCUUUUAAAGUUUUUUAUUUUUAUGGUCAGGUAAGUGAAUCAUCACAUCCAUAACAGUCCAAAUUCAUCAUACAUGGGCACAUGAAAAUAAAAAAAAUGUGUUACUGUUUUAUGAACACC